AUGGCCAAUAGCCUUUGUAGCGACGAUGCCUAUCAAACCCGGACAGGCGACCCAUGGGACGAAAAUUCACAAUAUGCCCCCACCCCUGGUUACUUUGGUCGUUCGCCUACCGUAUUUUCUUCUAGUCCUGCCCCGGGUUGUCCCACAGAUCAGGUGCAGUCGGAUCAGCUCGACUUUCUCCCAUUAGUCGAAUGGGAUGAAGAUGCCGAAUAUGACGAGCACCCUCCAAGAUAUAUGUGCUACACGAUUGCAUGGAAGCUUAUGUUCAACCAUGAAGAAGAAAAGUGGCCAGCGAGUUCGCUCUGA